AUGCGAUACUCACUAAUUAGACUAGCACAGCAGCAGCUCAAUCAAACACAACUGAAUUCGAUUCGUAAAAAAUUGAUUGAAAAGAUCGUCCGAGUGGAUCACGCUGGUGAGUUGGGUGCUGAUCGCAUUUAUGCCGGACAAAUGGCUGUCUUGUCGAGUGGGUUCAUUGAAGUUUUUUUAACAUCAGCAUUUGAUACUGAGACCUCAACGUCGUCAGUUGUUCAGCAUAUGUGGGAUCAGGAACGUGAGCAUUUACGUAUUAUGGAACGAUUGCUGCAUAAACACGACGUUGCGCAUUCCAUAUUCAGUCCCGUUUUUAGUACAUUUGCAUAUGCACUUGGUGCGGGCACAGCUCUACUCGGUGAAAAGUCAGCAAUGGCGUGCACCGUAGCUGUAGAAGAGUUGAUCACGCAACAUUAUAAUAAUCAAAUCAGAGAACUGUCCGAAGAUGAUCCCGAAGUACAUUCGGACCUAAUUAAGUUACUAAAGAGACUACGUGAUGAAGAAGAUGAACAUCGUCAAACGGGUGUGGAUCAUAACGGACGUGAGGUAUGUAAGUGCUCAAUCGCUGUAAGUAGUUCUGCGCUGAAAAUAGCGUAG